AUGUCAGCACCAUCAGUAACUUCAGCCAACAAGAGUGCCGCCUACGAUUAUCUAAUUAAGCUUUUGCUUAUUGGUGACAGUGGUGUCGGAAAGAGUUGUCUCCUUUUGCGUUUCUCUGAAGACUCAUUCACCCCAUCCUUUAUUACAACUAUCGGUAUCGAUUUUAAGAUUCGUACUAUCGAAUUGGAAGGAAAGAGAAUUAAAUUACAAAUCUGGGAUACCGCCGGUCAAGAGAGAUUCAGAACCAUCACCACCGCUUAUUAUCGUGGUGCUAUGGGUAUCCUUUUGGUAUAUGAUGUAACUGAUGAGAAAUCUUUUGGAAAUAUCCGUAACUGGAUCAGAAACAUAGAACAACAUGCCACAGAGUCUGUCAACAAGAUGUUGAUUGGAAACAAGUGUGAUUUACCAGAGAAGAAGGUUGUAGAUAGCAGCAGAGGUAAAGCUUUGGCCGAUGAGCAUGGUAUUAAGUUUUUAGAGACAUCCGCCAAGAACAGUAUAAAUGUAGAGGAAGCUUUUAUUAGUUUGGCAAAGGACAUUAAGAAGAGAAUCAUUGAUAACAAAGACGAGCUUGUCAGCAAUCCUCAGACCAACGGAACCCAAAAUCUUGGUGCACCAAAACCAAAAACAGGUGGAUGUGAGUGUUAA